AGGAGAAGAAGGUUCGUGCCCAUAUCACAGGCGCAGGUAAAUCAUCGCUGACGGCAAAGACUCGGAGGCGGAGAGAGAGAGAGAGAUGGGUUGGUGCGCGUGCUUCGACGGAGGGAACAAGCAGCGGCGGAGAGAGGAAGACCGGUUGGCCUCCGCCGAAGCCCGCGCUAGAGCUGCCGAAGCCGCCCAGAAGAGGCAAGAAGAAUUCGAGAAGUCGGCCGCGGGAAGAGCUGCACGUGCGCAGUUACAGGCGAUGAAUAAACAAUCUGCAGCUCCUGAUAAAGGCGAACCAGUUUUAAAGUGGUCGAUGGGCUGAGGUGCCAUUUUCGCUGUCCGGAUUGUGGCCAGUUUAUGUGAGUUUACUGAUCCUCUUCCAGUUCUGGUCUUUUUCCUCCAGCUUUUGGUUCGAUAUUAUUAUAAUCGU